AUGGCCUUGAAUGACGUGUUUAAACAAGAAACUUCCUUGCGUUCUGUUGAUGAAACUCACAACACAUAUAUCCUAAAACGAAUCUCGCGAAUGCGAGUCCAUUCUGUUUUGACAGAUGUCGUUCUUGUCGUAGAGGGAAAAGAGUUCCCUGCCCACCGAAAUGUGCUAGCUGCUAACUCAGACUAUUUCAUGGCCAUGUUUAGCGGACAUAUGGCCACCACGAGUGAUAAAGUCUCUGUUGAAGAAAUCACUGCCACUGCAAUGGAAAUUCUCCUGGAUUUCAUAUAUCGAGGUGAGAUUUUAAUCACCGAGGAAAACGUCGAAGAUGUGUUCUGUGGUUCGUGUUUACUUUUGCUCGAGUUUGUUACUCAAACUUGCUGCAAAUUUAUUCAAGAUCGUCUCGCUUUGGGUAAUUGCUGGGGAAUUCGUGCUCUGUCGGAUAAAUUCAACUGCAAUGAUCUAAUGAACCGAGCAACUACUUUUAUCGAGGAAAAUUUUAUGGAAGCUGUAAAUUGUGAAGAGUUUUUGAUGCUGCCUGCUUCAGAUCUGAGCGAUCUUUUGAUUGAUGAUGAAAUUGUAAUAACACGUGAGCAAGACUUGUACGAACUGUUACUGAAAUGGGUGGAACACAAUCGAGAGGAACGGGUGAAGCACUUUCCGUCACUUUUGGAAAAGAUUCGUCUCCCUCAAGUUAAUCCUGAAUACUUUGAUGAAAUUAUUGCCACUGAUGAUUUGGUUACAGAAAACCCAGAGGUUCAGGAAAUCAUUUCUAAAGCAAGACAAUACAUCUACUCUCCCACAAAAUUAGCUGAAUCAAUGACAGAAACUGAGCCUUUCAAAUGGCAAAUCCCUAGAAGAUGUUUGCGAACAGUUAGUGUUCUUCUGACAGUUGCAGGACCAACAUGUGCUAUUUAUGAAGCAGAGAGUGAUGCAUGGCACAACAUCUCACGCCCAAGUACACGACACUGUGCAGGUCUUGAAUCCAUGGGCAAAUUUGUGUAUAUAGUGGGUGGAAGUAAAGAGUGGAAGAGAAUGAAUACAUGCGAACGUUAUGAUCCAGAUCUUAAUGAAUGGAAUCUCACAGCACCAAUGAAUGUGCCUCGCAGUAAUAUUGGUUUGGUAGCUCUGAAUGGACUUCUUUAUGCUGUUGGUGGAUAUGAUGGGAAAUCACCCAUACGGUAAGGCUUGGUGCAAAUGAAGUUGUUCUAUAAGCUGGCCCAGAAAUACAUGUGUCUGAGGAGGAACCCAACCAAAGAAGUCCAGAAGAAAACAAUAUAAACUCAAGCCUUAUAUUUAGAUACAAUUACUUAACAGUAAAUGUUCUAAUAGGCCUCCUCCCUGUAAUAAGCCUUCAUUCAAAGCAUCAAGCUUGCCCUUUUACCCUCUACCCACGCCUAGACAAAUUUGGGUCAGGUCAUGUUCUCGUACAAAAUACAGUUUUUAAUUUGUAAAUUUUAGAGUAUUUAUUGGUUUCCAUUUUGAAUUUUGUACGUUUUCAACUUAGAAGGAGAUACAUACUGUAGGAAGUAAUAAGCCAUGAAACCGACUACAGUGCUAUUCAAGCCUAAUCAAACCAUACUUAGCAUGGUGGCCAACCCUUUUCUUGUAAUCUCACUUUUAUAUAUUUUUUUCAUGAGAAGAACCGUGGAAUGUUAUGAUCCAAAGAAAGACGAGUGGAGGUUUGUGGCACCAAUGAACAACCAGCGUGAUGGUGCCUGUGUUGUGACGGAAGGUCAUUGUAUCUAUGUCAUAAGUGGCUAUGAUGGAAAUAAUUACUUGAGUUCUGUGGAAAUGUAUAAUCCAGGCACUGAUGUUUGGUCUUUAGGAGGUAAGAAGUUGCUGGGGUUAACUAUGAAAUAGGCCCUGUAACAUGCUACCAAACAACCUGCAAAUGUAUCUUUUGAUAAACUUAUAGUACUAUUGUACAAUUUUACAUAGUAAGUGUAUUUUAAAAGGGCAUCUGGAAACUUGGAUCAAUGUCAGUAUCUGAGCAACUGCUCAACUGCCCCUCCCCUACCCCAACAACAGUCAACUGAUAUCAAGCUAGGGUAAAUGUUCGGCAAGGGGAGGGGUAGGUGCACAUUUACCAAGAUACUGAUAUUGAUCUGGCAACUUUUAACUAUACUAGUCCAAUUCAUGGUACACCUCAUUGAACAAUACUUAAAGAAAAUAGCACAUGAAAUACCUCAUAAACAAUGAGUAUAUCUUAAAAGUCCCAGAUAUCUUUAUAUUUAAAAGUCUUUGUUUAUUAACAUCAUCCUCAGUUGUGGCUCCAAUCAUAGAACGACGGGAAGAUGCUAUGGCUGCUGUUGUUGACAACAAGAUUUAUGUUAUUGGUGGCUACCAUGGUAACACAUUCAUGCCAACAUGUGAAGCCCUAGAUCUUGAUGACAAUAUAUGGAAUUUUAUGGCAUCGCUGAGUGCUCCACGUUAUCAAGCAGGUGUGGCUGUGUUGAAUCGUAAGAUCUAUGUUUGUGGUGGAUGGAGUGGGAAUGGAUUAGCCACCAGCUCUGUGGAAUGUUAUGAUGUGGCCACAAACACAUGGUCAAUAAUAAGGUCACUACCAACACCUGCAGCAGCCAGAACAGCUUUCUGUAACUUUCCUCGCAAAAUGAUUGAAAAACUGAUUCCUGAAGAGUCCCAAAAGUCUGGUUCAACUGAAAAUUUGGCACAGCAAAUGAGGCAUUCUUUUUUUAAGCAUGGACAGCAGUCUUGAUAACUUUUGCUCCUUUGAGGAUAGAAUGGGAAAACUAUUUGCAUUGUUGGAAUCAAAAGUUUUCAUGUCCCUUAAAGGAAACAUAUGGCAACUGCUAAUUAUUAACUACUGACCCAUUUUACAAGUACAAUUUUAGUCCUUUUUAGUACACUUGCUAUCCUUUUUGAUGUGGAAGUUUCCAAAACAAACAUAACAAUUAUUUCUAGUUUAAAUGGUUUGUUUAGGAUCUGUUCUCCAAGAUUUGAAACAUCAUGAUGAGAUUUGAACAAUUUGCAGAUUCCUUGAUCAAGUGUGAUCAUGUGCAAUGGUUUAAAAGUUGAUAAUGUUGAUCUUUCAGUGAGCUGGCUCAGAUCAGUGAUCAUUGAAAGUAGCACUUAAGCAUUGAAGAAAUGCAGGGAAUUUUUCUACUCCUUUGUCAAAUUUUGAUAAUUGCCUUGCAGUAUUGGAAAAAAUGUUAGUCUGAGUUAGUUUGAUUGAUUAAAAACUAGUCCACUAAAGUGCUUUUAAAUUUAUGUAAUCUCAUGUUAUGGGUCUUAGAUAACUUAUUUCAGUUGUUAUGUCAUACAAGUAAACCAAAUAAUGCUCUGAUUUUAAUUCUUUCUCUCCAGGAUAGUUAGUUCAGUUAUACUGAAAAUCUUGUGUAGAUGAAAAAGGACUGCAUUAAAUUCUCAAUAUAUGUUUUAUGAGUUACAGAAGGUAUUUCAAAGGCUUUUGAUUUUCAAACAUAUCACAUUUUUUGGAUUUAUUUAAUGUAUAAAAUACUAAUAUUGGCUAAAUCCUUUAAGGAAUAUGGGUAUCAAAAGUAUGAACUGACCACAUAAAUUUAAAUAAGGUUUUUGAUAAAGUUUUCAGUGAUAUCUAAAGAUAUAGCAUAUCCAAUCAUAUAGUUUGGGGUAUUUCAUUAUUUUGAUAGCCUUAAGUUAAAUUAAAAAAGUAAAUUUAUAUGGUUGAAAUAAAGCAUUACAAAUUUAAAAAUUUGUUAUUUCACUGGGUGAAAUGGUGCCAGAAAUAUGAGAACAAGUAAAAAGUAACUAAAACUAUUGUAGAUUUAACUGUUGGUUCAGUGUGGUGGAGUUAUUUAUAAUAUUAACAUGUAGUUUUCAGUUACUCAUAGAUUCGAUCCAGUUUUGAUCUCAUAGAUCAAUAAGUUUUCAACAAUAUUGUUGGUUAAGGUUUGCUUCAAGAGUGGCAGUUUAAAUUAUUUUAAAAUUUUUGGAUUUUCAUUGUGGUGAAUUACAUUAGUAAUAAACCUAGCUAGCCUAAGUAUCAGCAAUUUUUUCACAAUG